AUGGUUAAGUCUUUUAGUUCAAUUCGGAAUGAUGAGAUUUCAAGUCUCGCUUCAUCAAUUCGAUCCAUUAAUGGUUCCGUUGUCAACAUAACAAAAGAAAUCCUUCAAUUUACAAACUCUGUCACGUGUAGAUCAACCUUCGGAAAAGUAAACCAAGAUCAAGACGAGUUAAUCAAUUUGUUGAGGGAAGUACUGGAUACAAUAGGAGGAUUUGUUGUGGCUGAUUUGUUCCCUUCUUGGAAGUUACUUCACAAGAUGAGUGGGGUGAAGUCGAGAAUGUUAAAGCUGCAUCAGAAGGUUGAUGCAGCUCUGGAGAACAUACUGAAUGCGCAUAUUAAGAAUAUAAUGGAGCACUCGGAACCAAGGGAAAUGGAGAAUGGAGAAUUCCAAUUUCCACUCACAAAUGAUCACAUAAAAGCAGUAAUUUCGGAUAUGUUUGCUGCUGGAACUGAAACUUCAGCGGCGACUAUUACAAGGACAUUAUCGGAAAUGAUGAGGAACCCAAACAUAUUAUGGCCAAGGCACAAAGUGAAGUGA